AUGAACGUCAACAAGAAGCUGGGCCGCCUGAAGCAAUGGGCUGGCGAACGCAUGGGAGGCGAGAUCAAGACGAACGUCUCUGAUGACUUCAAGAUGCUGGAGAUGGAGAUGAAUCUCAGACAAGAAGGGAUGGACCGUCUUCACAAGGCCAUGGGCGCCUAUGUCAGAGCAAUCUCGAAGCGUAGCGAGGGCGAGGACAAGGAAAAGCUCUUCCCAAUUGGAAACUUGGGAGGCGUCAUGGUCGCCCAUGGCGAGGAUUUCGCCAGCAACUCCGAGUUCGGCCAGUGUCUUACCACCUUCGGGAGGACAAACGAGCGCAUCUCCAGGAUACAGGAACAGUACGUCAUGGCUGCAACCUCUAGCUGGCUAGAGUCGCUGGAACGGUCCCUCAACCAGCUCAAAGAGUACCAGGCUGCUCGCAAGAAACUGGAGAACCGCCGUCUAGCCUACGACACUUCGCAGGCGAAGAUGCAAAAGGCAAGACGUGAGGACUUUAGAGUGGAGGAGGAGCUCCGGUCGCAGAAGCUCAAGUACGAAGAAGCGAACGACGAAGUCCUCCGACGCAUGCAGGACAUCAAGGAAGCCGAGCCAGAGAACACGGCUGACAUGAGUGCCUUUUUGGACGCCCAAUUGAGCUAUCAUGAAAAGUGCAGGGAAGUCCUGCUGCAGCUAAAAGACGACUGGCCUGCCGGCCCAACGCAGCAGUUCAACUCCUACGGCCGCCGGGCAACCCUUACCCGCUCCAACACCUCCUUCAACGAGCGUGUGGCCGAAGAAGACAUCCACCGAACUACUUCUCACCCCACCUCUCACCACCGAGAGCCCUCCCGGUCCCGCGAGGUCUCUGCCUCUCGACCAGCCCUGGGUGGCCGAAAGCCAACGUUUGAGGGACCAACGCAGCUACGACGGGGGCCAUCUCCUUCUCCCGGCCCUGGUUCGCUGCGUAACUCCAUCCGCGCGGCAGGUGAUAGCACCAAUCCAGCCGUGAGCGGGAAUGCAGCAGGUAUCGCCAACGCCCGUUCCCAGCUCCGUGUCAUCAGCCAGGGGUAUAGCGGUGGGAAUGAUGGAUACUACGACUCGACGGACGACGCUGCUUCGCCGGUCAGAGGCAGUCCGGACCAGUAUCACAGCUCAACCAGCUCGUCUCCCUUGCGGACUGUGCCGGCAUCACAUUCCGUUCCUGGGUCAGGGACAGCAACGCCCAUGAAGAAACCGCCGCCGCCGCCUCCACCGUCCCGGUCGAAGAAGCCGCCUCCUCCACCUCCGCCGGCGAAGCGCGACCGAACCACACGGGAGAAGGAGAAACAACCAGCGCGCCCUCGCCCUUCCGCCCUCCGCCAUCGACCGUCCAUCAGCCAAGGGCCGCAACGCUCCCUGCACCACGCGACGGCCGCCCUUCCACGUCGCAUUUCCGCCCUCUGCCCUCCCAUCCGCGGUUUCGCCUCCCUCCACCCAUCGCCCAUAGCCCGUCGCCCAUCGCCCAUAGCCCAGGCGGCCAACCCCAUCUCCGUCCUGCACAUCGCGCAAACGCAAAGCAGCUACGCGACGAACCAUCUCACCACAACACCAUCGCCCUCCGCGCCGGCACACCCGCUCUGCCCUGUCGCGUCCCUACCUGCUGGCAUGAUCUCUGCCAUCGCCACUCGCUAG